GCGUGCGUGUGGUGCAACUAGAGGACGAGCAGCUCCAACGGCUCAGAGUCGAAACGUUCAGCCCCUACAUACCGCUGCCUGAGGACCACACGAAAAAAAAACAAGAGGGAGAAGAUUCAGAAGAACGAAGCUCAGCGUUGCUUUAUAAGUCGACGGUCUAGCAUUAACCAUGAAGUUACUGUGGGCUGUCAGUGCCCUUCUGCUCAGCUGUUGGCGAACCGAUGCGUCCACAGCGGGUUUUACCAAGUCUCCCCUGUCUCAGAUGAAGUUGAUCGAUGACAGUGCAGAGCUGCACUGCGAGGUAAUAGGGAACCCCAUCCCUGAGGUGCAGUGGUGGUUCGUAGAGGGUGAAGAGCCCAAUGAGACCUUCACCCAGCUGUUUGACGGAGCACGGAAUGACCGUGUACAAAUAAAUGCUACAUAUAUAGUACAUGCCACUAGCAUCAUUCACCUCACUAGCCUCACCCUCGACGACUCAGGCACAUAUGAGUGCCGUGCUUCCAACGACCCUGACCGCAAUGAACUGAAGAAGACGCCAAAAAUCAAGUGGAUCCGCUCGCAGGCAAACAUUAUUGUGAUUGAAACUCCAAACAUCGUUACCGAGCCUCAUGAGGUCAGCAACCAAACCUCUGCGGUGCUCAGCUGCAACUUGACCGACUCCAGCCUUCUCAUCAAGGGCUCCUACUGGACACUCAAUGGCAAUAUCCUUGAGGAUUCCGUAUCUGCUGAUGCCAGUCCAUUCACAGUUCACCGUUUGGAUAAGAUCACCCACAGUAAUAGUGGAACGUAUGAAUGUGUGUUCAAGACUGAGCCACAAGUGAAGCAGACAAUCGAAGUCAAAACACUCCCUCAUGUUGUUGCCUACAAGCACUCUGAGCAUGGAAAUGAGAAUGACAAAGGUGUGAUGGUCUGUGUGGGUCAUGGCCAUCCACUGCCCACUGACUGGGGCUGGUUCAAAGAGGAAGAUGGCAACCGCAAGCAAAUCCUCAAUGGCACUGGUGACAAAUAUGAGAUCAAGAGCACCCCCAACAAGACCACUCUGACCAUUAAUGAACUGAGCAUCCAGGACGACAUCGGGGACUACACCUGCCUCGGAACCAAUGAACUGGGCCCAGGCAGCGAUAAGAUCCACCUGCGUGUCCGCAGUCGCCUGGCUGCUCUCUGGCCCUUCCUCGGCAUCGUGGCUGAGGUCAUCAUCCUCGUGACCAUCAUCUUCAUCUACGAGAAGAGGAGAAAGCCUGAUGAAGUCAAUGACGAUGACGACUCAGGAUCUGCUCCUCUGAAGAGCAAUUCUACUGCAAACCACAAAGACAAGAAUGUUAGGCAAAGGAACUCUAACUAGAAGCUGAAAGAGAUAGACGUCCAGAUGUCAGUCCAGCAUUCAGCGGUUGUGUGGCACAUUAUACUGUGCACCCUGCAAUUUUAAGUACCUUUUUGUGCUUGGGUGUUAAUGUUUUAAGAAAAUGAUUUCCUCCUAUUUUUGGUUUCUUCUAUAUUCUUCUCCACAUUGUGCAGCCAGAGAACAUAGUGUGAAAUAAUUUCUGCUUGAGGCCGUGGGGCAAAUAUUGCAUGAGUUUAAAUGCCGUUCUAGCCAAGUGUGUGUUUGUUGUAAAAUCAUUAACGUUCACGUGAGGAAUGCUUAGUUUGUGGUUAUGUUCCGUCGAUGCAGAUGCUUCCUACAAUGACCUCACAGCUGUCAGUCUUUGCUUUUUAUUUUAUUCAGAUCUGGAAUGGUUACUUGUAAAGCAGCACAAGAUCUGUUUAGAGGAUCGGAAACGUUUUUGGAUCCGGAUACAUCACUGCCAUUCUUAUAGCAAAGACUGGUGUGCGUUUGAAUUCAUGUUUGGUCUGUCCCUACACAUCCACAAAACUCCCUUAGCAGAGUUCUAUACUUUGCCUUAAGAAGCACCAUUUCUCUUGUCUUUUUGCAUAGUGCUAACUGUUACAAGACUUCAAAGUGACAAUUAAAAUAAUGCAGAAAUGACUAGGGUUGGGCAUCAAGUCGCAACUCCAAAGGAAUCAUGAAGAAAGUUUAGUUUCUAUUCUGCUUAUUGAUUCCUGAACAGUUUUCACCUGUGCUAGUUCUUAAAUGAUAUACUGCAAACACUACCGUGUAUCUACUGCUGUCUGUCUGAACCAGUAAUGUCUCCUGUAUACUGGAAUACCCUAAAUUAUAUUAUUAAUUUAUUUCUCAUACAUUGAUGGAAAAAGUGAGAUUUUACUGAUGUGCUAACCCUAACCUGGCCUUUGAAUCGGAAUAAUGAAGAACCAAAAUCGAUAAGCAGAAUCGUUACAAGCGAUGCCCAACCCUAGAAAUGACCAAGAUAAAAGCUAGGUUUUCUUGCCAUAAAAAAUUAGUUUUGAGUAAGAAACUUUAUAUUUAAAUAGUACUUUAUUUCCUUUUCCUGUUCACAUAUUGUAAAUUAAGUUUUAGCCACCAAUGCUUGUGUUGCUGAUUUCACAUCUACAGUAAUCUCUUUAGGACCAAGUGCAAGAGAUGCAACUGUUGCUUCUGUUGAAUGCAACUUUUCUACAGCGCACUGAUGUUUAAAACUGCAGAUAAUCAUGGAUGUUUUAUUUUUAAAGUGAUCUGAAAUGUAUGCGCGAUUGUCUCUUUCUUCACUGUGUAGAUUAUACAGAAGCCAUACGUUCCAUUUAACCUGAAUAGUGUUGUGACUGGAUGUUACCAUUUCAGAAUUACACUGAUUAAGAGACCUAGUCAGAAUUGUGUAAGUAGUUGUACCAUCCAAGUACAUGGAAACACCACCUCUUGUACAACUUCCACAAGCUGAAUAAAGGUAUUGAAAUUUA